AUGUUUUCUUCAACAUCCAGACCCCAAUGGAUCUACGACGUGUUCAUAAAUUUCAGGGGAAAAGACACUCGCAGCAAAUUCGUCUCUCAUCUGUAUGCUGCAUUCACAAAUGCUGGAAUCAACACUUUUCUUGACGACGAGAGUCUUGAAAAGGGAAAGGAACUUGGACCAGAGUUACUGCGAGCAAUUGAUGGUUCACAGAUAUUCAUAGUUGUUUUCUCCGAAAACUAUGUUCACUCUAGUUGGUGUCUUGAUGAACUCCAACAAAUCAUCAAAUUCAACAAAGAUAAGGAUCGACUUAUUAUGCCUUUAUUUCACGGUGGUAUUACCCCUUCGUAUAUACGUGAAUAUGCUAAGCACACUUUUGGAGAAGCUCCCACUAGAACUAAUCAAAGGACUGAUGUGAAGGAAAAUCCACGAAAGAUAGCACUCAUCGCUGCUUCCAAUUUGGCUGGUUGGGAUAUGAAUAAUUACAGUAACGAAAGCAGUGUUGUGAAGGAAGUUGUUGCCCAAGUUUUGAAAAAACUAGACAAAAAAUGCUUACCUAUCCCAGAUUUUCCAGUUGGACUAGAAUCCCGUGCCGAAUUGUUGAUUCGGUUUUUACGACAGAAUACAAGAGAAGUUUGUUUAGUAGGGAUUUGGGGAAUGGGGGGAAUUGGCAAAAGCACCAUUGCCAAAGCCAUCUACAAUAAUCUUUGUUAUGAAUUUGAAGAUCGAAGCUUCCUUGCUAAUAUUAGAGAAGUUUGGGAGAAAGAUAGAGGCCAAAAGGACUUACAAGAACAACUUCUUUCAGAUAUCCUAACAAGAAAAAUAAAGGUGCGUAAUGUUGAGUUGGGAAAAGCUAUGAUCAAUGAACGACUCUCCACAAAACGGGCACUUGUUGUACUUGAUGAUGUCAGUACGCUGGAGCAACUAAAGGCACUAUGUGGGAAUCGAAAUGGGAUUGGUUCAGGAAGUAUAAUAAUCAUCACAACAAGAGAUGUGCGUCUACUUGAUAUCCUUGGAGUUGACUUUAUUUAUGAAGCGGAGGAAUUGAAUGCGAUCGAGUCCCUUGAGCUUUUCAGUUGGCAUGCGUUUAGGGAGGGGCAUCCAACUGAAGGUUUCCUUAGCCUCUCAGGAGAUGUAGUUUCCUACUGUGGUGGACUGCCACUAGCUCUUGAAGUCCUUGGAUCUUACUUGUGCAAGAGGAAAAGACAAGACUGGCGGAGUGUAUUAUCAAAGCUAGAAAAGAUACCCAAUGAUCAAAUACAUGAGAAACUAAAAAUUAGCUUUGAUGGUUUAGAGGAUCGUAUGGAAAAGGAUAUAUUUCUUGAUGUGUGUUGUUUCUUUAUCGUGCUGAUAGAAAGAAGCCUCAUAAAAGUUGAAGCGAAUAAUAAGCUUGGAAUGCAUGCUUUGCUACGAGACAUGGGAAGAGAAAUUGUUCGUGAAAGUUCACCUGAGGAGCCUCAGAAACGUAGUCGAUUGUGGUGUCAUGAGGAUGUAGUUAAUGUAUUAACUGACCACACCGGAACAGAUGCCAUUGAAGGGUUGGUUAUGAAGUUGCAAGGGACCAAUGGUGUUUGCUUCGAUACUAUUGCUUUUGAAGAAAUGAAGAGAUUGAGAUUGUUGCAACUUGAUCAUGUACAAUUCAUAGGAGAUUAUGGGUGUUUUCCAAGGAACCUGAAAUGGCUUUCUUGGCAAGGAUUUCCUUUAAAAUACACGCCAGAAAACUUUUAUCAGAACGAUCUAGUUGCUAUGGACUUAAAACACAGUAAUCUUACACAGGUUUGGAAGAAGCCUCAGUUGAUGCAGAAGCUAAAAAUUAUCAAUCUCAGUCAUUCCAAGUGCUUAAAAAGCACCCCUGACUUUUCAAAAUUACCGAACCUAGAAAAACUCGUUAUGAAGGAUUGUCAAAGUUUGUCCGAGGUGCACUCAUCCAUUGGAGAUCUCAAGAAUCUUCUUUUGAUAAAUUUGAAGGAUUGUACAAACCUUAGCAAUCUCCCAAGAGAGAUAUAUCAAUUGACAUCAGUGAAAACUCUCAUCCUGUCCGGCUGUUCAAAGAUUGACAAGUUGGAAGAAGACAUGGGGCAGAUGGAAUCCUUGACAACACUGAUUGCAAAAGAUACAUCUGUAAAAGAAGUUCCCCAUUCAAUACUAAGAUUAAAUAUUGGAUAUAUAUCCCUAUGUGGAUAUGAAGGAUUACCGCAUGAUGUUUUUCCAUCUCUCAUUAGGUCUUGGAUGUCACCAACAAUGAAUUCCUUAUCACACAUUCUUCCGUUCGGUGGUCUGACUGAACUGGGAACAUCACAUGCAUCACAAGUUUCGGAUCUUUCCUUGAGAUCUGUUUUGAUUGGAAUUGGAAGUUGCCACAUUGUCAUCGAUACUCUUGAGAAGAGCUUAUCACAGAGAUUGGCAACCAAUUGUAGCAAUUAUUUCUUUCCGGAAGACAAUUAUCCUUCUUGGUUAGUCUAUAGAGGUGAAGGACCUUCGGUAAAAUUUCAAGUUCCCGAGGAUACUAAUUCUGUAAUGAAGGGCAUAACUCUAUGUGUUCUUCAUUCAUCAAGACCUGAAAACCUGACAUGUGAAUGUUUCACUAGUGUCUUGAUUAUUAAUUACACAAAAUUCACUUUCCAUAUUUACAAAGGAGACACAGUAAUAUCGUUUAAUGAUGAAGAUUGGCUAAGCGUGAAAUCAAAUUUAGGAGUUGGUGACAAUGUGGAGAUUUUUGUAACUAUUGGGCACGAAUUGAUUGUUAAGGAGACGGCUGUCUAUCUAAUAUAUGAAAUGGAAGUUGAUCCAACAAUUCAAGUGGAAGCACAACCAUCACCUGAUGUGAAAACAGAACCAUCACUUUUUGUCAAGAAUGAACCAUUACCGAAGACAAAAAGAAUUUCUUUUGUAAGAAUCGCAAAAAGAGUGAGAAAAUGUUUAUGCUUGAACGAGAAUUGA